AUGUCUUUGAUUGAGAAAGUUAAAAGUUUAGAAUCUGAAUUAUCUGUUGCUAGAGAACAAAUUGAUAGGACUUCAACUUCUAAACUGGAUAACAUGCUAAAUGUUCAAAAAUAUACUUCUGAUAAGACAGGAUUAGGGUUAGCUGAGAGUGUUUCUGCUUCUGUUGUUCAUCCUCCUAAGUUUGUACCUGCUAUAUCUAUUUCUACACCAGAAGUCAAGAUGCCUAAGGAAGAGAUUCUAGCUACUAGGAAGAUUAGAACCUUGAGAGGCGAUGUGCCACAGCUAUCAGCCUAUCACUACUACACAGCAGCUGCCACUGCAAAACUUACACCAUUGCUAUUGAAACCAUGUCUCAAGGAGAGAGACUUGAAAGGCGACUGUUUUGACAAAUUAGUCUUAUUCCUCUUGUACUGGUUUCGUAUUUCGGUGCCAAAUAUAGUUCAAGUUCCCAGCCAUCAAAUUUGGUUCAUUCCUUGUCAUAUCAGCAUUCGCUAUAUUACCAUUGUCUUGAAGGUGAUUCGUCAGAUUGAGAAAUGCACCAGAUUGCAGGAGCUCUCUAAAGUUUACUAUGCUCCUAUUGGAUCCUUGGAAUGUUUUGGCCUUAGGGAAUGCAAGAAUCAGGUUUGGCCCAAGGAAAAAAAAUAUUGAAGUAUGCACUAUGGAAUAGACUUGUCAUGAGUCAUGACUAUGACAUUAUUUUUGCCUUAUAUUGUUGCUAUUGUAUAAUCAAAUCACUAAGCAAGUUGUUGCAUCUUUAUGUCGUA